AUGGGAUUCUCUACAGUGAGAAGAAGGACGGGAGUGUUCGUCUUGGCCCUUUGCAUCUUGACGCAGUCCGUAACUUGCCAGACAGAUUCGGACUUUCGGAUCGAAUCCCCCGAAUUUGGGGUAUCUAGUUGCAGCGACACGAGCAGUAUGGCGCUGCUUCCAGACAAGCACUUCGGAACCAACUGCGGUGACAAAAACGAGCUCCCGCAGCUGACAUGGAAUGACGCACCAUUCAAUGCUGGGUCAUUUGCCUUAAUUAUCGCGGAUACGUCAUCGAGCAGGAAACCCGUUGCGCAUCUCAUCGCGUGGGACAUUCCUGCGUCUGUCACUAGUUUAGGAUCCCAAACCAAUUUUUCCACGAUUGGAGCUGUCACUGGCACCAACGGCAACGGCGAUACAGGCUACACAGGCCCCUGCCCCGAGAAGCAUGCUUGCGUCAAAAUCUCCGUGUUUGCUUUGCGGCCUUCAUCUCUCGAGUUGCCCAGCUCCAGGACGUACGAAGAGCUUCAGAAGAAGCUCCUAGAACUAUCGGAAAAAGGAAAUCUUCUGGACAUUGCCAGCCUUUACACCAUUGCAGUACCCCACCAGCCAGAUCGUGUACGGACCGAAGCUUGA